UAUACUCAGGAUAUUGUCAAAGUCAAUUCCUAUUAGGGACGAACUUAGUCAUGAAGUAUGAAAAGAUCGUCCAAAGGAAACCAAAAUGACCACACGGACAAGAGACUUCCGCCAUGAUGAUUACACGGUCGCUUGGGCCUGUGCGCUCCCAUUGGAGAUGGCAGCGGCAGCCGCGAUGUUGGACGAGCGGCACAGUGACUUGCCCAUACCCAGACACGAUCACAACACUUACAUACUUGGGAGUGUAGGUGUGCACAACGUGGUCAUUGCAUGUCUUCCGUUAGGGAUGUACGGUACGACUUCAGCGGCGACUGUCGCGAGCCAGAUGAGGGGUACGUUUCCAUCAAUGCGAUUUGGGCUCAUGGUGGGAAUCGGAGGCGGUGCACCUAGCCAAGCAGUUGAUAUAAGGCUUGGCGAUGUGGUUGUUAGCAAGCCGACGGGGUUGUUUGGAGGCGUGGUGCAAUUCGACAUGGGGAAAACAGCCAGCCAAGGGCACUUUAUAAGAACUGGCUCUUUGAAUAAACCGCCGCCGGUGCUUCUGACAGCUUUGUCUACGUUGCAAGCAAACCACCUGGUGGUUGGGAGUCGAAUCCCGGAUUUACUCCGGGAGAUGGUCCUCAAGUACCCUCUAAUGAGCGAGAAGGUCACCCAUCUUGGGAAGGAUCAGGAUCGGCUGUUUGAAUCAACCUAUGAACAUGAAGCACCGGAGGAGAAAACGUGUGACCUUUGCGACGUCAGAAAAAUGGUGCAAAGACCGGCGCGACCCACUCCAGAUCCUGUUAUUCAUUACGGUUUGAUCGCGUCUGGUAAUCAAGUCAUGAAGGAUAGCGUCAUGAGAGACCACUGGGCCCAGGAACUUGGAAUCAUUUGCUUUGAGAUGGAGGCGGCGGGCUUAAUGGAUAUAUUGCCCUGUCUUGUCAUCCGAGGAAUUUGUGAUUAUGCCGACUCCCACAAGAACAAACAGUGGCAAGAGUACGCAGCCGUGAACGCUGCAGCAUAUGCGAAAGAAUUGCUUUUGAUCGUUCCUCCAACGCAAGUCGCUGACACGCCGACCUAUAUCUCAAGCGAACUGAUGUCCUACCGUCCAAAAUACAGACUUCCAGAUAACGAGUUUCAUUUAUAUCAAUUAAAUACCAUCGAACAUUUUGAUGAAAGACUACUCGACUUGUUGUCAACAUAUGAUCAUGAAAAGACUCACUAUCGUCUUUCUGCCAAACGCCUUCAAGGUACCACAAAAUGGUUUACAAAUCACUCCGUUUUCAAAGAGUGGUUUGGGGAGUCCCAAUUCCAGACACUGUGGUGCCAUGGACGAAUCGGGUCUGGGAAGACAACAAUAGGAACAUCUGUUGUUGAAGCCGCCAAGUAUAGGUCAUCUGGCGAUAGAGUUCCGACUGCCUUUUACUACUGUGAAAGUGAUCGACCUGAACCUCUUGAGGCAGACCACAUCGUGGCUAGUCUUAUCAAGCAACUAUGCAAAUGGCUACUCAAUACCUCUCAGUUACUUCCGGAGGAUGUUGCUGCUGAUAUUCAAAGAUUAUACGGAACUAUACGAGUGAAACCCGAUUUUGAAGACCUUCGCAAUCUCUUUGUCCGUCUUUUUGACCGCGUCCCUGGUACGGUUUACAUCAUUGACGGGCUUGAUGCACUAAGCGCAAAGGGUGUGACUGAAGUGUUGAAACUAUGCCGGUCAUUGUUCAGCGAUUCCACACUAUCGAAUCAGUCAAGACUACUGCUGAUCAGCAGGGAGCACCUUCCCGGGCGUACGCAAAUAGCGAAAGCGAUACCAAACCUUCGUCAAAUCUCAACGGAUUCGAAUGUUAGGGCGGACAUUGAGCUCUACAUUGAGUCCACCAUAAUCGACAAAAGGGCAUAUAUCCACGAGCUUACGAAUGACUCGGUUUUACUGGAAAGGAUAAAGCAUGAUCUGAUAGAGAAGUCCUCUGAAAUGUUCCUUUGGGUACAUCUCCAGCUAGAAAUCCUGUGGGACACGUGCGACACAGAUGCUGAAAUACGAACAGCGCUGAGCAAUCUACCUAGAGGUCUAGAAGAAACAUACAGUCGAUGCUUGCAAAGAAUGGAUUUGCAGGAUCGUCGAGUUUUGAAGGUUCUCAAAUGGGUCAGCUUUACAAGUAGACCGCUGCAUAUUGAAGAGCUUAAGGAGGCCAUUGCCAUAGAUAUCCAGGACACUGAAUGGGAUGCUUCAAAGAUACCCCGGGCAAGCUCCGUGCUAAUUGGGUGCGCAAAUCUCGUUGUAGUUGAUCCGUUUGACAACUGUGCCCGAUUCGCGCACUCCUCGGUGAAACAGUACUUUCAGGCAGAGAGUGAUUCUAUACCAGAGUAUCCUAAAUUCUCGGAACAAGGCGAGCUAGAAUGCGGAGAGCUUUGUGUUAACUACUUAUGCUUUAAAGAUUUCAGCCUGCAGAUCACGAAGCAAAGCAAAGAAGUUGCCAUUUCUCUGCCUAACCCAGUCUCUAUGGUGCGCCAGUCUCUCCCAUCAUCUAUUGGAAAGAUGUUGCCUCGUUCCUGGAGAAACAAGACAGGAUUUGCCUUCAAGCAGGUUCAAAAUCUACGGGCCGCACAACCUGACCACUCCCGUUAUGCCUUUCUCGGUUACGCAGUUAUGAACUGGGGCCUGCAAACAAAGGCGAUCACUCGUACUUCUCCUGUAUGGGAAGCAUUCGAGCAGCUUGCUUUGAGAUUCAGUGACACUUGGAACUUCCACCCAUGGGUCCCCAGUGGUCGUUCUGCACGUGCGUAUCUCCACGGCCUAUUUGGAUGGGCGGUGAAGGAAAGGCAUCUCCCACUUCUGUCCAUUGUUCUCUCUGCGUACGAUGAUUUGGAGGCGAUUUGUAACCUGCCCCUUGUUGAAGAGCGUAUCCCUGCGCUCCACGUUGCAGCCAAGCUAGGGUAUCACGACGUCGUCGAAGCCUUGCUGCAAUACUGCGACGUUAGCUUGCAAGACGUUGAUGGCUACCUGGCAUUGCAUCAUGCAGCAAGCAAGGGGCAUGAGGAAUCUUCAAAGCUGCUUGUCACUGCCAAAGGGGCGACCAAUUACCGUGCUUUUAAGUUGAAAUGCACUCCCCUAUGGCUUGCAGCGAGCAAGGGCCACGAACACAUUGUACCUCUACUAUUACAGAACAACGAAUACAUUGAAGCAAAGGACGUCGAGAGCCAUAGCACGCCACUCUUGCAAGCUACGAAGAACAACCAUUACUCAACCGCUAAGAUCUUGAUUCAAAGAGGCGCCAAAAUCGAGACGAGAGAUCGUUCUGGAACUAGCCCUUUAAUGUGGGCUUCAAAGAAUCGAAACGAUAUGAUAAUGAGAGACUUGCUCGAAGAAGGCGCUAAUCCCUCAACGGUCGAUGGAGGCGCAGAAGGACUGCUGAUUUGGGCCGCGAAUAAAGGCUACGAAAUUGUGGUGCAAAGGCUUUCCACAAUUGUAACAUCUUUAGAGGCCAAAGAUAUGGACGGCUAUACAGCACUAUCACGAGCGGCAAUACAGGGCCACUACCCUAUCGUCAAACAUUUGCUCCAGAAGGGCGCGCAAACGGAGUCAAGAGAUGAGCAUGCCGGUCGCACGGCUUUAUCAUGGGCCGUUCGCGCUUUCGACACGGUCGUAGUUCAGACAUUACUCGACCAAGGUGCUGACCUUGAAGCCAGAGAUGGGUUUGGGCGGACACCCUUGUCUUGGGCUGCAGAGGAAGGGUCAGCAGCUGUAGUACAACUCCUCAUUGACCGGGGAGCGGAUGUUGCAUCAGACGAUGAUAGCGGCCGAACACCGCUAUCUUGGGCCGCAGGAGGUGGAAAUGCAGAGGCAGUAGAGUUGCUAUGCAGCCAUGGGGCAGACCCGGCAUCUCAGGAUUAUGACCUUGGUCGAACUCCGCGGUCAUGGGCUGCAUUGAAUAGACACGAGGCUAUAGCGGCCCUACUUCCAGGACAAGAACAAAACGGAUCAAGUCUUCGGUCCAUGGAGCUUGAACUACUGCAAGCCACCAAAGAUGACGAUGUUCAUUCACUGAGACGUACCCUGAGCAUUGCCCAUGCCACAGGCCAUCUUGCAGAAACUGUCUUACGAGUGUGCCUGGUUGAAAGUGUGACAAGAGAAAAUAUUGGUGCAACACAGUGUCUACUUGACUUCAGCAUGUCCUUCCCAAGGGCUGUGCAUACAGCACUUCUCCGGGCUAUCGAAACCCAUUACUAUACCAUCCUACUCAUGAUGCUGGACUAUGGGGCUUCGCUGAACCUGAGAUACGCGGAUGGUAAUACUCUACUGAUGACCGCUGCUUUGAAAGGGUCUCACUAUGCUGUUGAGGUGCUCAUCGCACAAGGCGCUGAGUUGAAUGCGAAGGACCACAAUAGGCGAAACGUUUUGCACAAAAUGGCUUCGGGUCGUGGGCCUGAUUUGGAAGAUGACCUACUCGAUCAAAUUCUCAGCGCCGGUUGCUCACUCAAUGAUCGUGAUUGUGUGGGCCGAACUCCGCUUCAUUGGGCUUGCGCUACUGGGAAAUAUCGAAUGGUCCAAUUAAUGCUAACGAAAUCAUGUGGCCAAACGCCUGAUACUCAGGCUUUAGACGACAGGGGUAUGAGCGCUUUACACUUUGCAGUCACAUAUGCCUGGAACGACAUUGUAUUGCUGCUGUUGAGAAAUGGAGCAAAUCCUAAUAUUUCGAACGAUGAAGGAGACACGCCCCUUCACUUUGCCGGGAUGUUGGGCCUAGUGAACAUUGCUCAGACUCUUCUGCUGUCUGGAGCCAAGGUGGCUGAACAGAACGUCAACGGAUCCACGCCUCUUCACCUUGCCGCUCGUGCUGGGCGGGCAAAUGUUGUCGAGAUCUUGCUUCAAGAAUUACCACUGCCUCUGCUCAAAAGGUUAGAAGGAUUAAAGGAUCGACACGGCCAGACAGCGCUUUCGCUGGCUACGUCAAACGGUCACGAAGAAGUCAUCGACUUAUUGAGAUAUGGCGGAAUUGGCACUUCUAGCAAAUUUACAACCCCCUCAACGUUUGGCUCGAUUACAAAGGAGGUCUCUCGCUCAGUGUCAGGUUAUGGUUAUGAAGACUCCAAAUGACGUGCAGUGUUCUGCGCACUUAUGCCUCGGAACCUCUAUCAUCGAUGACAGAAUGCUCUUUUCCUUUCGUAGUCAAAGGGUCAGUGAGUGGUAUUUACGAAAGCAUAUGAAUACCGGGUCCAGAGCUAUCCUGCAAAAGGGGCAGCAAUUGACUGAACCGUUCAGCAUGCUGCCCGAAUGCACCCGAUUAAAAAUAAUACAGUAUGGACCCGUUCAUUGAAAAAGGCCGACUGCUAUGUUGAUCCAGUAGAACGCACUUGACAGAACACCAGUCACUGGGGAAUUAUUCUGACACCCGAUUUUCUCCUUCGAUGGUACAGUAAUAAACGAUCCUCUGCUUCAUGCUUUCAGGUCGGCUCAACGCAUAUCCUAGGGUGACCAUCUGUCGUAAAAUAUAUUAGUUGCUGUAAUCCGGUUAAAGCAAGACCUGAUACGACAAGAGCAACCAUGAUCACUAUUCCUCUUGGAUAACUGCAAUGAACUUAGGUGAUUAGUAAGAAAUUUCCCAUGGCAAUGAUAGAUUAUUGAAAGCCAUACAAUGCUGAAGAUUCAUCGUCCCGGAAGAUCU